AUGAAAUCUGUUAUUUGGUUUGAUAUCGAUAAUUGCUUAUACGGCAGAAGUGCUAGAAUAAACGAGAUGAUGUCUGAAAAGAUCGCGAAUUAUUUCUUAAAGUUAGGCUUGAGUGAAGAGGAAGCUGAUAAAUUACACAGAGAGUAUUAUAUACGUUAUGGUUUGGCUAUAAGGGGCUUGGUAGAGAAUCAUAAAGUUGAUCCAUUAGAUUAUGACUACCACUGUGAUGCCUCAUUACCUCUAGAAGAAGUACUUAAACCUGAUUUAAAUUUAAGAAAAUUGUUGCAAGAUAUAAAUCGCGACGAAUAUAGGGUUUGGGCUUUAACUAAUGCCUAUAAAACGCACGCUUAUAGAGUUCUCAAUUUAUUAGGCUUAGAAGAUCAAUUUGAAAACGUAAUUUACUGUGAUUACACGAGGCAUAAUUUCCCUUGCAAACCAGAGAAAGAAUUUUAUGUUGAAGCGAUGGAGAAAGUUGGUUUAUUAGAUCAACCGGAGAGGAAUUACUUCAUAGACGACAGCUCAGCUAACGUGAAAACGGCGAAAGAGAUGGGGUGGAAUGCUGUGUAUUAUUUAGAGUAUAAUCAACAAUCAAUUGAGGGACAAGAUGAUGAGACAAAGAGAAGAUUUUUACAUCAUGAUUUACAACCGGUCGUAGGUGAUCUCCAAGAAUUAAGGCAAGUUUGGAAAGAGGUAUUUAAGUAG